GGCUUUAAUAGGAUCAGAGGGGAUAUGGUAGAAAGUGCUUACAGCGCAACAGAGAGAGUGAAACCCAGACCCUGGUGAGACUAUAUCCUACACCGCUGUUGGAUAAACAAGACGGGCUUAGCAACAAACAGACAAACAAAGGAGAUAGGAAGCUUAAGUCGGUUCAGACUAUUGAGAUGCCCCCUAUGUCAGCAGUGAUCCCAGUCAAAUCUCCACUUGGUAAUAAUGAUCAAUUUGGACACUGUUUCUGUAUGUCUUAGAUUGUGACAGUGUGAAAUACUAAAGGCAAUAAGCAAUUCUAUAUGUUUCUCAAAAAACAGCAAGAUCAUUUUAUGUUGUUUAUGACAAAUGAAAUAGAUGAAUUAUUUAAUUUUAUUCUGCUCAGUAUUAAAGAAGGCUUGCAGAAAGGCCCUGGAGGAGGUGAGUGGAGGAGGGUGAUUGCUCAUCCUUCUCCAUAAUCCUCCAAUCCUACUCAGGGUCAAGAGUAGGUACAACAGGAGCAACUACAAAUCUAUGCAGACUAUGGACAGUGCACUUCUCUGAGCAGAUUUAACGGCUAACCAAAAUUGGCGGCCAUGAUCCCUCGUCCGUUUCUGGCGGUGGCACCUCGUGUUGUCCCAAACAUGGCUACAGACACAGAGGAGGACAGUGAUGAUGAAAUACAGGAGCCCCAUCCUGGCCCAGGAUCUCUCUUCAAUGUAAACAACAGCAACAAUAAUGAAGAGGAGGAUAAGAGAAAGAAGAAAAAGGCCAAGAAAGAAAAGAAAGAGAAAAAAGAAAAAAAGAAAGAAAAGAAAGAGCAAAAAGAGCAGGAUGAAAAGCUGCAGAAAGAUAAAGAAGAAAAGGAAAAAGAAGAAAAAGAAAAAAAGGAAAAAGAAGAAAAAGAAAAAAAGGAGAAAGAUCUAAAUGAGGGGCCCAAAGAAGUAUUUGUCAUCAACCCAGCGGGCAGUCUGUACUACAACUGGCUGCUCAUCAUCACAAUACCAGUCAUGUACAAUUGGACCAUGAUCAUAUCCAGGGCUUGCUUUGAGGAUCUGCAAGAUAAUCACUUGGUUGCCUGGUUUAUUCUGGACUACACCUCUGAUAUCCUCUACUUGGCUGAUAUGGCCUUUAGGACAAGGACAGGAUUCUUGGAACAAGGUCUCCUCGUCAAAGACGAGAAGCUAUUGAAGGAGCGUUACUUCAGCAGUCUUCACUUCAAGCUUGAUGUCAUUUCCAUGCUGCCUACCGAUGUGUUGUACUUCUUUCUGGGCCUCAGCUAUCCGGAGAUCCGCCUCAACAAGCUCCUCCGCAUCACACGGAUGAUGGAGUUCUUCGUCCGCACUGAGACAAAGACUAACUACACCAACCUCUUCCGCAUAUCAAAUCUAGUCAUGUACAUUGUCAUCAUUAUCCAUUGGAAUGCCUGCCUCUACUAUUCCUUUUCCAAGUCCAUCGGCUUCGGCUCGGACCCCUGGGUAUACCCAGACCCAAAUGACCCAGAUGACCCAGAGUUUGGGGAGCUCGGCAGGAAGUAUGCCUUCAGCCUCUACUGGUCCACGUUGACCCUGACCACUAUUGGAGAGAUGCCUUCCCCAGAGCUGGACUCUGAGUUCUUCUUUCACGUGCUGGACUUCCUGGUGGGUGUACUCAUCUUUGCCACCCUGGUAGGCAACAUCAGCUCCAUGAUCUCCAACAUCAGCGCUGCGCAGGUCGAGUUUCAGGCGCGCAUUGACAACAUCAAGCAGUAUAUGCAGAAACGAAAAGUGGACAAGGACCUAGAGCUGCGUGUCGUCACGUGGUUUGACUACCUUUGGACCAACGGCAAGGCUCAGGAUGAAAGGGAGACCUUGCGAUAUCUACCCGACAAACUCAGAGCCGAAAUUGCCAUUAAUGUCCACCUUGAUACUCUCAAGAAGGUCCGCAUCUUCGCCGACUGCGAGGCGGGCCUAUUAAUUGAGCUGGUGCUCAAACUGCGCCCCCAGGUUUUCAGCCCGGGCGACUACAUCUGCAAGAAGGGUGACAUCGGUCGUGAGAUGUACAUCGUCAAAGAAGGCAAGCUGGCGGUGGUGGCCGAUGACGGCAUCACACAGUUCUGCGUGCUAGGAGAUGGCAGCUACUUCGGGGAGAUAAGUAUCCUAGCGAUAAAAGGUUCUAAGGCGGGGAACCGGAGGACGGCAAACAUCCGCAGCAUUGGUUACUCAGAUCUCUUCUGCUUGUCCAAGGAUGACCUGAUGGAGUCAUUGACAGAGUACCCUGAAGCCAAAAGCUUGCUGGAGGAGAAAGGUCGUCAGAUCCUGCUAAAGGAUGGCCUGCUGGAACUGGACCCCUCCAAAAUCAUCCCAGAGACAACAGAAAUCGAGGAGAAGGUAAACCGCAUGUACAGCCACCUGGAGCUGAUGCAGACCAAGCUGAAGAAGCUUCUGGGAAACUACGACGCCACCCAGAGGGCCACAAGGGAACGCAUUGCUGGGAUGGAGCGGCUGACCGGACAGGAGGUGUCAGGGGAAGACUUAUUUGAGGAUGAGAAGGAGGCGUGGGAGAAAACACAAAAAGAAGGAGAGGUUGAACAGGAGACAGAGAAAGAGGAGGCACAGGAGAAGGCGCAAAAGGAAGGAGAGGUUGAACAGGAGAAGAAAGAAAGAGGAGAAGAAAGUGAAGUAGGAAAAUGAGCACAAUUUGAGCAGACUGGACGUAGGCCAUUAGACAAAUAACAUUUGAAAUGACUGAUAUGAUUUAUAAGUCAUAUGAUUGAUUGAGCCUUGUUAAAACAGGUUAUUUUUUUAACAAACUGUAUUGCCAACAUUAUUGCAGGUUGAAGGGUUUUUUGGCUUUGGGAAAUCUUUGAAUAUAGAAACCUGAUAGAAUAUAGAUCUGUAACACUCCUAGAAGAACCUUCAACUUUUAAUUGAAAUAAUAAAACCACUAGAGGGCACCAGAUAACUGGUGCGGUGGUACUAUUUUUGGCUCAAAAAUUUUGACCUGUUGUGCAAAAGCACCACAUGAGUACCACAAAGCUCUUUCUGACUAUUGUUUUCUCAUCCUUAAUGUGUCCAGUCUGUUUCUUUUCCAAAUACAUCAAUUGUAUAAGCUAAUAUUCAACUUCAUUAAAUAAAUAAAUAAAUAAAAUAUUCU